AUGAAGGACAAGCGCUCAGUGGUCGACAAGAACCCGAUGAUGGACGAGCUCUCGCUGACGGACAACUUGCUGACGGACGAGCACUCGUUGGUGAACAACUACGCGCUGGUGGGCAACUACCCGAUGGUGAACUCACCGGUGGACAAGCACUCGUCGGUGGACAAGGUGAACAAGUACUUGGUGGCGGCGGACCAGUACACGCGGAUCUGGAUCCAGGCGACUGCUCAGUCUUGGAUUUACUCGGUGUUGCUCUCGGACGAAGGCCGGAAGCAGAACAAGGACGCGGUGACGAAGCAGCAGACUCAGCCAAUGUCCAAGUAG